GCCACCGCUGCGGUGGGGAGGUGGGGCGAGGCUAGGCUUGCUGAGGCGAAGCGGCGGCCGGGCCGGGCCGGGCCACAGGAGGUGGCGGCGGGACCAUGGAGGCGGCGGCUGCGGCUCCGCGUCACCAGCUGCUUCUCCUUUUGCUGGCGGCGGCGGCGGCGGCGACGCUGCUCCCGGGGGCGAAGGCAUUACAGUGUUUCUGCCAGCUCUGUACAAAAGACAAUUAUACCUGUGUGACAGAUGGACUCUGCUUUGUCUCUGUCACAGAGACUACAGACAGAGUUAUACACAACACCAUGUGUAUAGCUGAAAUUGAUCUAAUUCCUCGAGAUAGACCAUUCGUAUGUGCACCCUCUUCAAAAACUGGGGCUGUUACUACCACGUAUUGCUGCAAUCAAGACCAUUGCAAUAAAAUAGAACUCCCAACUACUGGCCCUUUUCCAGAAAAGCAGUCACCUGGCCUUGGUCCCGUGGAGCUGGCAGCUGUCAUUGCUGGACCAGUCUGCUUUGUGUGCAUCUCACUCAUGUUGAUGGUCUAUAUCUGCCAUAACCGAACUGUCAUUCACCAUCGAGUGCCAAAUGAAGAAGAUCCUUCAUUAGAUCGCCCUUUUAUUUCAGAGGGUACUACGUUAAAAGACUUAAUUUAUGAUAUGACAACAUCGGGGUCUGGAUCAGGUUUACCAUUGCUUGUUCAGAGAACAAUUGCAAGAACAAUUGUGUUACAAGAAAGCAUUGGCAAAGGUCGAUUUGGAGAAGUUUGGCGAGGAAAGUGGCGGGGAGAAGAAGUUGCUGUUAAGAUAUUCUCCUCUAGAGAAGAACGUUCAUGGUUCCGUGAGGCAGAGAUUUAUCAAACUGUAAUGUUACGCCAUGAAAACAUCCUGGGAUUUAUAGCAGCAGACAAUAAAGACAAUGGUACAUGGACUCAACUCUGGUUGGUGUCAGAUUAUCAUGAGCAUGGGUCCCUCUUUGAUUACUUGAAUAGAUACACAGUUACUGUGGAAGGAAUGAUUAAACUUGCUCUGUCUACAGCAAGUGGUCUUGCCCAUCUUCACAUGGAGAUAGUUGGUACUCAAGGAAAGCCAGCCAUCGCACACCGAGAUUUGAAAUCAAAGAAUAUCUUGGUGAAGAAGAACGGGACUUGCUGCAUUGCAGACUUAGGACUGGCAGUGAGACAUGAUUCAGCCACAGAUACAAUUGAUAUUGCUCCAAAUCACAGAGUGGGAACGAAAAGGUACAUGGCCCCUGAAGUUCUAGAUGAUUCCAUAAAUAUGAAACAUUUUGAAUCCUUUAAACGCGCUGACAUCUAUGCCAUGGGCUUAGUAUUCUGGGAAAUAGCUCGUCGAUGCUCCAUUGGUGGAAUUCAUGAAGAUUACCAGCUGCCUUACUAUGAUCUUGUACCUUCUGAUCCAUCAGUUGAAGAAAUGAGAAAAGUAGUUUGUGAACAGAAGCUGAGGCCAAAUAUUCCAAACAGAUGGCAGAGCUGUGAAGCCCUGAGAGUGAUGGCUAAAAUUAUGAGAGAAUGUUGGUAUGCUAAUGGAGCGGCUAGGCUGACAGCUUUGCGGAUUAAGAAGACACUGUCACAACUCAGUCAACAGGAAGGCAUCAAAAUGUAAUUCUGCAGCUUUGCCUGAACUCUACUUUUUCUUCAGAUCUGCUCCUGGGUUUUUGUUUGUGCGGCCAAUUGUUCUACCUCACUGAGAGGGAACAGAAGGAUAUUGCUUCCUUUUGCAACAGUCUAAUGAGGUCAAGUAAAAACUUCCCAGGAUUGCUUUGGGCCCAGGAAACAGCCAUCUGGGUUCUCUCUGUGCACUAUGAACACUUCUUUCCCAGGACAGUUACAAAGUGUUGUAUAGUCUACCUUUAUUUUUUAUUAACAAAACUUGUUUUUUAAAAAAUGAUUGCUCGUCUUAACUUUAGGUAACUCUGCUGUGAUGAAAAUCAUCUUAAGGGCAAAGGAGCUGGACUGUUGAGUUAUUUUUAAAGAAAGUGAUUUACUCCUGGUUAGUAGUACAUUCUCAGAGGAUUCUGAACCACUAAAGAAUUUUUUGAUUCAGUGUUUGAAUGUACUGUUCUAUAAUUUUUCAGGAUCUUAAAACUAACUCUUAUCUUGAGUCUAAAAAGGACCUCAUAUGGUAGUGAGGAACGUAAUUUAUGCAAUCGUAUUUUGUAUACCAUUAUUGUUCUUUCAUGUAUUCAGAACAUUACAUGCCUUCAAAAUGGGAUUGUACUAUACCAGUAAGUGCCACUUUGUGUCUUUCUAAUGGAGAUGAGUAGAAUUGCUUGAAGUCUUUGUGUUAAAAUCUGUAGUGUUUGAAUUCAAAAAGUUUAUUUAUCUGAAUAGCUCAAGCCUAUUCUGUUUUUUGAAGAGGAUUUUUGGUAUGCCAUUAAUAUUCCAUUUUGAAAAUGCCAUUCUCCUACCAAAAUGUGCUU